AUGUGGAGUGGAGUUCUAUCUGUAUUCGCGGCUAAAUUCAAGGAAGACAAAGAUAUGAGCCAACGUUAUCCUACUACGCCUCCGCAACGUCGACCAGUCAUGCGUAGUACUGUUCCUAACGUCGUCUUUGGAGUUACGAUCCAGAUCGCGCGAAGGUUCCUGUUCAUUGAUCCAAAGAAGAAAGCGCUUGGUUGCGUAAUUUUCGUUACAAUUCUAUCGAUGAUUGGUUCCUUCAUCACUCUUGAUGAUAGCUACUAUUUCGUUCAGAAACAUAGUGUUUUCAAUCAGUAUGGAGUAAAGCUUGGCUGGAUGUGGACAUGCUUCGUUGUUGGACCUUUUAUAUGGUUUUCUUCUCGAGCACAUCAUAGGAACAAAGAUAAAUCGGUAGUUGAUAUCCUGCGACUUGCCGUGGCUACGGUUAUUUGGUACAUCAGUGUAUGGCAAUUUCAUCGCAUAAUGGAGUGGACUUCACGAUGUGACCUUAGCAUACGUUAUUCACGAAGUCAGUGCAAGGAAAAAGGUGGUGUAUGGAUCCCGGGUUUCGAUAUUUCGGGCCACUGUUUCUUGAUGAUUUACAGUAUGCUUGUUAUGGCUGAAGAGGCAAACGCUUUCCGUGAAUGGCAGCAAGUUGUACACCGUGACGACGAUUCAGGACUGAUUAUGCGGGAAAAACAAGAACGACGAACGAAGCUUGCUCAGUACUUCGUUGUUGCUAUGUUGGCGCUCAAUAUUCUCUGGAUCAAGCAAUUGACUAUUUCUAUUCUUUACUACCAUAUAAUGGUGGAUAAGAUUAUUGGCGCCCUCGUUGCAGUAUUUUGGUGGUACUUCACCUACCAUGUUUUAUAUCCGGCUGGUUUUCUUCGACCACCAAUUCACAGAUUGAAGCCACCCACGUCCGUUAGACGGUGA